AUGAUCAGCUUCUUUUUCUUCUAAAUUCACAAACCUUAUUUUCUCUUUCUAUAUCUGUAGGACUCGCUCUCUUUCCCUUGUUUCUUUUUCCAAAACCUUUUACCACCCUUCGGGGUGGUAAACCUCAAUACCAGUCCCGGUACUACCUCUAAUACCAUUUAUUUUGGCCGUUAGUUUACCGUUGGAACAAAAUCCAGUAGGAAUCUAAACGGAGAUUAACGGAAUCCACCGAAUAAUGAAAUAAAUUUCAGUUUGGAGCAAAUAAUCAAUUUCUACGGAGACCCAAAGUUUCUAAAACACCUUUGAUUCGAAGACACAUGUGAUACAGUUGAUCCUAAGUUACUGAGAUACCAAGACACAAAGACUCUAAGCCACAAACCUCCGUCGACUUGCUUCAUCAGACACAAGCAAUAAAAAAUUCAAGUUAACAGAAGCCUACUAAGUCAUCAACUCGGGCUAUUCCUACUUCAACUCCGCCAUCUAUUACAUCUGAUUUCACCCCUUCUCUUCUUUUUAGUGUUUUAAGCUUCCUCAAUUAUUUCUUAAUUGUUUCAUUAAUUAAGUUUGUCCCAUCUUGCUAUAAUUUCACCAUUAUCUGCUGUUGUUUGUUCUUUCUCCUGAUUUGUUUCUUCUCAAUUAUCAAUUGCACUAACCUUCCUUGGUUUGUUGUGAUUAUAUAUAGCUAUCGACCUACAAGAUUCAAUUUCUAGACUCUGCAAGUUCUUCUCUCAAUUGCAGCAGAGCCUAGAUCCCCAAUUUUAACUUGGUUUUUUUACUUUUUUGCCCUCAGGUGUGCACCCCUUAAGGUCAGUGACUCCUCUCGGCUACUUCUUCAACGGCUGGUGGAACAUUAUGAAAUUAAGAAGCGUCUUCCCCUUAGCUACCUGGAUGUCACUGCAUAACAACUCACCAAACUCUAUCUAUAUAUAACUGGAAGAAACGUAAACACCUCGAAGAGAACGAGCUUUACUUUUGUCGGCAAAGUAGAGAGGGCCACGUGUUGGGAGAAAAGACGCACAACACACUCCUAAUUUGUUUCACAGGACUUCAAUUCUACCAUUUUUACCUAUUUGCACCGCUUCUCAGACAAAAAAAUCUGGUGGAUUCUCUGCUUAUCUUGGGGGAUCUACACAAAAUCUCGUCAAAACAGAACCCAACAUCAUAUGAGAAUGAGGAAUUUUAUCCAAUUACUCAUUCAAUCAAUUUCAAAAGCAAAAGUUAAUUUCUCUUCUUAUUAAUCAAAAACAUCAUGCAAUUCAAAAUAUCAGAGGAACCCUAGAUAAGGAUAAAUUGACACAUGGUUGUUUGAAAAGAGAAUUAAAGGAUGGGAAGAGAGAUACUAAAAUUGGAGAUGAGGAAACCCAAGCAAAAGAGAAGACGGAGACUGAUAUUUUUCAAAAGAAGAAUAUGGAGAGUAUUCAGGAUUACAACACAAAUAAGGUCAAGAGUAAGGGGACAUCUAAUAUGAAAGAGGAAAGUACUUUAAUGGAAAAGGAUUUAUUUGCAACAAAGAUCAUUCAUACUCAAACCCAGAGGACAGAGGAGCAAAUUGGAGUCAUUGAUUUGAAAAUUGAUAUUGUUCUAACUAUGAUGGAUUCAGGAGCCAAAGCAGGAAUUGGACUAACUCUUUGUGAUCAAACAGGAACCAUCAAAGAAGCUAGAGGAUUCCAAUGCCGAUUGCACAACCAGAGAACAAUUAGAGAGACUUACAGCAGACGCGGCUUUCCAACGGGCAAUAAAAUGCAGUGGGCAUUAUAUCAAUUUCGGAAGUGAUUCUGAGCCUACACUCCGGCUUCUGAUAGGAAAGUAUGCUGAAGCAAAAGAGUCGAGAUAUAAGAAGAGUGCAGAAAAUGGCAAUAUAACUAAAUUAUACAUAAACUUUAAAGUCCCAGCUUUUACUCUUGUUUUAAGAAGUAAUGUAAUGUGGGCAGCAAAAAUUUCAGUUUUCUGUAACAAGUAUAUCAUUAAACAUUGUUGGAAUGGGGAUAGCUUACUGGACAUCCUAAACUACCUAAAUAUCCAAACAUGGAAUAAAGAUGUAACGGUUUACUAGAACUCUUCUUAUAGAGAGUAUGGUCCUUUGUUAUCAAUGCAAUGGUUUACCAGAACUCUUCUUAUAGAGAGUAUGGUCCUUUCUUAUCAAUGCAAUGAGGAAAACCUCUUUUUCGAAUGAUC